AUGAGGCAGCACAGGCCCUCGAGCGGCAGCAGCAACAGCAGCAGCAGCUGCUGCAGCAACAGCAGCAGCAGCAGCAGCAACUGCAGCGGCAGCAGCAGCAGCAUGACCUCGCUCACGUCAUCGUUCUCUUCGCUCAGGCACCUCGUCCCCUGUUCUGCUGCUGCUGCUACGGGAGCAGCAGCAGCAGCAGCAGCAGCAGCAAACCCGAGGGCUGCUGCUGCAGCAGCUACUGCUCGCACAGAAGCUGCUGUCGCUGCAGCAACAGCAGCUCUGAACAGCACAAAAGUGGCCAGCGCCUUGGCAGCAGCAAACGCAGCAGCAGCAGCAGAAGCAGCAGCAGCAGCAGCAGCAGCAGAUUCAUCUCAAGAGCGAGAGGAAGAAACCGCUGCGAGCCUGCGUCAGCUGCAGCAGCAGCAACGGACAGCUCGGCAGCACCAGCAGCAGCAGCAACAGCAGCAGCAGCAGCAGCAGCAGCAACAGCAGCAGCAGCAGCAGCAGCAGCAGCAGCAGCAGCAGCAAGUGUUUGGUUUGUUCGCAGUUAGAAUUCGCCCAAUCGCUGAGCCCAUAGACCCUCGCUGUCUCUCCGUCCGCAUCCUUAACAAUCAAACUCUUCAGCUGCUGCUGCUUUUGCUGCUGCUGCUGCUUUUGCUGCUGCUGCUGCUGCUGCUGCUGCUGCUGCAGGCCUCCCAGGAUGAGGUGUACAGACACUCCGCGAAGCAAAUUAUUCCCAACGUCGUCGCUGGCAUAAAUGGUACUGUGUUCGCCUAUGGAGCCACAGGGGCCGGCAAGACCUACACCAUGCAGGGCUCUUCGGAGCAGCCGGGGAUUAUCUCUCGCGCAGUCUUUGACCUCUUCGCCACGCUGCAGCAGCAGCAGCAGCAGCAGCAGCAGCAGCAGCAGCAGCAGCAGUGCCCGCCGGGCUGCUGCUGCUGGGGCUGCUGCAUGCUUCAUGAAUACGCCGUCGCCGUCUCUUAUUUGGAAGUCUACAAUGAGAAAAUACGGGACCUGCUGGAACCGAGUCGCACCAACCUCGAAGUUCAAGAGGAUGCCAGCAAGAUUCGUGUGCAGAACCUGUCUGUACACCCGGUGGCAACAGCAGAAGAGGCCCUGCGGCUGCUGGAGACGGGAAACCGCAACAGAAACACAGCAGCAACAGCAGCAAAUCUUUCCAGCAGCAGGUCCCACGCCAUCUUCCAGCUGAUCGUCAAGGCCUCUUUGCUGCAGGUCUCUCGAGGGUCCUUUCUGAAGAGAGAGACCAAAUUGUCUCUCAUCGACUUAGCAGGGUCUGAGAGAGCGUCAGCAACUUUAAACCGAGGCGACCGCUUCAAAGAAGGCUGCAGAAUAAACCAGUCGCUGCUGGCGCUGGCGAACUGCAUCAACGCGCUGCACAUCCGGCAAACAGCAGCAGCAGCGCAGCCGCAGCAGCAGCAGCAGCAGCAGCAGCAGCAGCAGCAGCUGCAGCAGAAACUCGGAGGCAUGUUCGUCAACUACAGAAACUCCAAAUUGACUCAUCUCCUCAAAGACUCUCUCGAGGGCAACUGCCUCGUCGUCAUGAUUGCCAACGUGCACCCCAACGCCCACGCCUUCCCAGAGAGCAGCAACACGCUGAAGUAUGCCAACCGAGCGAAGAACCUGAAGGUGCCUUUGUGUCUCUUGAAGGCAGCAGCAGCACAGCAGACGCCAGAGGCCGACCGUGCGCGUUUGCUGCUGCUGCUGCACCAGCAGCAGCAGCAACUGCAGCAGCAGCAGCAACAGCUGCAGCAGCAGCACCAACAGCUGCAGCAGCAGGAAGAGCAGCUACGUCACCACAAAGACCUCGUCAAGACGCAGCAGCAGCAGCUGCAGCUCCUGUGGGCCCAAAAUGCAGAGCUAGAAGACAAACUAGCAGCAGCAGCAGCAGCAGCAGCAGCAGCAGCAUCAGCUUCAUGCUCAAGCCGCCGCGGGGGGCGUUUACGCAGGGCCCCCAGUUCCUCGGGGGGCCCCCAGGGGGCCCCCCAUGUUGCUUCUGAGGCUUCUGCUGCAGCUGCUGACAGGCAAGCUGCCACUGCUGCAGCAGCAGCAGCUGCUGCUGCGUCUGCUGCUGCUGCGGGGGCAGGCCGGUUCACGCAGGGGACUCCGCCCCGCAGCAGGAGGUGCGCAGCUGCGUCUUCUGCUGCUGCAGCAGCUGCAGACGAAAGCCCCGCUGCAGCUGCUUCGGGCGCUGCUUCUGCAUCUCGCGCUGCUGCUGCUGCUGCUGCUGCUGCUGCUGCUGCUGCUGCUUCGCCAGCAGCAGCAGCAUCGCCGUCACUCUGCUCCUCCCUAAGGCGCUCUCGACGGCUGGCCAAUGGGGGGGCCCCCAAGACUUGUCUCUGCGAGCGCUGUCACGACACUCCAAGUGCAGCAGCAGCAGCAGCAGCAGCAGCAGCAGAUGGAGCAGCAGCAGCAGCACCAAAAGCAGCAGCAGACGCAGCAGCAGCAGAGGCUCCUGAAGGGCCCUCGGAAGCUGCGAAGACGGAUGAAGACGCCAGAGCAGACAUGCAGGCCGAGCAGCAGGGGCCGGGCCCUUCCAGCAGCAGCAGCAGCAGCAGCAGCAGCAGCAGCAGCACUCACGGCGCGGCCAGCCGCAGCAGCAGCAGCGGCUUAGGCUGCAGGAAAAGGGGCACCUGGGACGGGGAUAAAGGAGAUAGUCCAAUUGAGGCUUCGCUGCCAGUGCCUGCUGCUGCUGCGCAGCAGCUGCUGCAGCAGCAGCUGCUGCAGCAGCACGUGAAGCUGCAGCAGCUGCAGCACUCGAAGGCGCUAGCAGCAGCAGCAGCCUCAGAGCCAGGGGCCCCACCAGACGACCCUGAGGCCCCCCCGUGGCCCGAAGGCAGCAGCAGCAGCAGCAGCAGCAGCAGCAGCAAGCCCCACAGGAAGCGGCGGCGCCUCCGCAACGAGGAGCAUGGAAGGCAGCCAACGCCGCCGCUCAGCAGCAGCAGCAGCAGCAGCAGCAGCAACAGCGCAGGCGAAGACUGUGCUGCUGCAGCAGCAGAAAGACACACUGACAAGCGCGCUGUGAGCAUGGGCUUGCUGCCGAGCUUCCCAAGCGAAGAGGGGCUGCGCUGCAGCAGCAGCUGCUGCCGCUGCGGCAGCAGCAGCCGCGGCGCCGACUGCAGCAGCAGCAACAGCAGCAGCAGCAGCAGCAGCAGCAGCAGCAGCAGCGCACAGACGUCUAAGGGAGCCCAUGGGUCCCCUCGCACCUCUCCAGCCUACUGGACCCCAGAGGGCUCGCCGGAGGGGCCGCCAGCGGCAGCAGCAAGUGCAGCAGCAGCAGCAGCACCUGCGGCAGCAGCAACCACAGCAGCAGCAAGUGCAGCAGAAGCAGCAACAAGCGCAGCAGCAACUGAGGACGAGCCAGAAGGCAUGAUUGUAGAGACAUUUCAAAACCUUGCCCUAAGUGCAGCAGCAGCGCAUGCACCAGCAGCAACUGAUGCAGCAGCAGCAGCAGCAGCAACAGCAGCAGCAGCAGCAACUGAUGCAGCAGCGGCAGAGCCCGAAGCAGAGGCCGCAGUGGCAGCUCCUGCUGCAUGUGCCCCAGCUUCUGCAGCAACCAGAGGCGACGCCGCCACUUUUGCUGCUGCUGCUGCUGCUGCUGCUGCUGCUGCUGCAGACCCCAGCGCAGCAGCGGCAGCAAAGACAGAGUGCGCUGUAGCGCCAGCGCUUUCUACUGCAGCUGCUUCCGGAAAAGAAGCACUGAAGGCUCCUGCUGCUGCAGCAGCAGCAACAGCAGCAGCAGCAGCAACAGCAGCAGAAGCAGCAGCAGCUCCGUUAAGGGGCUGCGCUUCUCAGGAGCCCCUUCAGGGUCAAAUCGGCACUCUUUUGGUGCAGCAGCAGAAGCAGCAGCAACAGCAAAAGCAACAGCUACGGCGGCAGCAGCAGCAGCAACAGCAGCAGCAGCAGCAGCAGCAGCAGCAGCAGCGAUCGCAGCGUUCGGCCGCAGACCUCUUUGGGAUAUCACCUGUUGCUGGCGCCCCUCGAACGCUGCGCUUGCGGCGGCGGCAUGAGCAGCAGCAGCAGCAGCAGCAGCAGCAGCAGCAGCAGUUACUGCAGCAGCAACAGCAGCAGCAGCAGAGACGCCGAACUGCAGCUGUGCGUAACCUUCAGUGCCGCGGAAGCACAGAAGCAGCAGCGAAGGACGGCAGCAGCAGCAGCAGCAGCAGCAGCAGCAGCAGCAGCAGCAGCAGCAAGAGAGAACAAAAAAAGCCGCUUGUCAAGCUGCAUGCGGGCAGCAGCAGCGUCCACUCCCACAGUUCCAGCGACAGCAGCAGCAGCAGCAGCAGCAGCAGCAGCAGCAGCAGCAUACGCAGCGCGUCCAGCUUCCGAAGCCUCUCUAGCAGCACUAGCAGUAUCCCGGAGAGAAGAGAGCCAGCAGCAGCAGCAGCAGCAGCAGGCAGCAGCAAGAGCAGCAGCAAAAGUAAGCCACUGCAGCAGCAGACCGUGCAACAGCAGCAGCAGCUGCUGCUGCUGCAGCUGCUGCUGCCGGGACAGCCGACAGGCGACUGCGGGCUGCCGAUGCCCCAGCGCAGCCGCAGGCGAGGCCGCUGCAACAUGCAGCAGCAGCAGUGGCUGCAGCAGCAGCAGCAGCAGCAGCAGCAGCAUCUUCAAGCAAAGCAUGGUGUGCGGCAAGAGCUGCAGCAGGAGGGGCUCCCUUGCCAGGAGGAGCAGCAGCUUGAGGAGCAGCUGAAUGGAAAAUCGCAGCAGCAGCAACAGCAGCAGCAGCAGCAGCAGCAGCAGCUUCCGCCGUACCACAGAGCUGCCACAGCAGGCGAACCAGGUUACUGCCGCAGCAGGUCAGCUGCAAAUGCUGCUGCUGCUGCUGCACCGGCUGCUGCUGCUGCUGCUGCGAAGCCCCGCUGCAGCAGCGCAGGGAGAGGGAAAGACUCUGGCUCUCGUGCUGCUGUGGCAGCAGAAGUGCUGCCUCCUGUAGGAGUGCCCCAGUGCAGCAGCAGCAGCAGCAGCAGCAGCAGCAGCAGCAGCAGCAGCAGCAGCAGCAGCAGCAAGGGAGAGCGGCUUCCGUUGGCCCAGAGCCCAGCGGCUCCAACAGCAGCAGCAACUCCGGUCGGUGCUGCUGCUUCGUCCCCGCAGGAAGCUGAAGAGCAGCAGCAGCAACAGCAGCAGGGACAGAAGCUGCAGCAGCAGCAACAGCAACAGGAACGGAUGCGCAAGCAGCAGCAGCAGCAGCAGCAGCAGCCGCAGCAGCAACGCGAAAGUCCCCGAAUACUUCCAAGCAAAACUACAGGACAGCAGCAGCAGCAGCAGCAGCAGCAGCAGCGGCAGCAACAGCAGCACGAUGAAGGGCGCCAAGAGCAGCAACAGAAAAAGCAACAAAAAGAAGUUCAGCAGCAGCAACAGACACGGCAGCAACAGCAGCAUCAGCAAAUGCAGCAGCAGCAGCAGCAGCAGCAGCCGCUGCUGCAGAAGCACGAGCGCAGUGACCUUCUGCCCCCUGUGAAUGCAGCGUGGCGGGAUAGGGCCCCAGAAGCAGCAGCAGCAUCAGCUGCAUCUGCUGCUGCUGCUGCUGCUGCUGCUGCUGCAGGUGCUUCUGCUGCGAGCGGUGCUGCUGCUGCAGAGACCAGGCAGCAAGGCAGCAGCUGCUGCAGAUAUCCGAGGCGCAGCAGCACGCAAGGAAAGUGUUUGAGGCAGCGAGAGGGUCGCAGCAGCAUUCAUAAUCACAGCAGCAGCAGCAGCAGCAGCAGCAGCAGCAGCAGCAGCAGCAGCAGGGCUCACAGAGGUCCAAUUCUUCUCCCAGUCGCGCCGUGGGUUUGGGAUGGCGACGAAUUUGCUGCUGCUGCUGCUGCUGGAGCAGACGCAGCAGCAGCUGCUGCUGCGAGUUUCCUUGACGCUGCUGCUGCUGCUGUGCGCGGGCAGCUGGUGCAGCAGCAGCAGCAGCAGCACCAGAUGUGCUUGCAGCUGCAGCAGCUGCGGGAAGCAGAAGCAGAACUCUCGUGGAUUUGCCGCAGCAAGAAGAAGGAGCUGCUGCUGCUGCAGGAAGCAGCUGAGGGUGCAGCACUGGACUGCAGCAGCAGCAGCAGCAGCAGCAGCAAAAGUGGAAAUGAUGUCCCGGAGGAUGCUGCUGCAGCUGCGUUGUGUCAUGUAGAAGAGCUUCUGCUGCUGCUGCAGCAGCAGCAGCGGCAGCGCGAGCAGCAGCUGCAGCAAAUCAAAAAUGAAAAGCAGAGGCUGCUGCUGCUGCUGCAGCAAGGAGGAAGCAGAAGGCAGCAGCACGUUGCUGUUCUUUGCAAGGAGGUGCUCUUUCCUGUCUUGUGUUUGGUGUCGGGCGUCUUCGCCACGGCCGCCACGCCUCCAAGUGGAGACUCGCUGAACAAGCUGGUGGCGGCGCUGGGGAAGCAGCGGCUGCUGCUGCUGCUGAAUGGUGCUGCUUAUCCUUCGCUGGAUGUUUCGCUGCAGGGGCUUUGCUGCCGCUUUGCUGCUGCAGCGCAGCAGCAGCUCAUGGAGAGCCUGCAGGUGCUGCUGCAGCAGCUGCAGCGGCAGCAGCUGCCACUCCGCCUGCGGCUAAAAGCAGCUGAAGAGCUGUACUCUCAGCGGCAGCAGCAGCAGCAGCUGGGGCCUGCUGCUGCAGCAGCCCCCGUUGCUGCUGCACCUGCGUCUUGCCUCUCCACAGGCAUUGCUGAGGCGCUGCAGCAGCUGCUGCUGCCGCUGCUGCAGCAAGCAGCAGAAGCACACGUUGGGGCUGUGUGGCUGCAGCUGCUGCAGGUGUUUAGGGGGGCCCUCCAGAGUGCUGUGAAGGCGCUGCAGGGGCAGGGGCUCAGCAGCGCAGCAGCAGCAGCAGCAGCAGCAGCAGCAACGGCUACCAAGGCAGCAGCAGUUGCAGCAGCAACAGCUACAGCGCCUCUUAAGGGCAUUCCCAUUAUUUGUGUCCCUAUUGCUGAUGCUGCUGCUGCUGCUGCGCUGCAUGCACGCUCAGUCAGGGCGCUGCACCUGGAUGUGAACUUCAGCAGCAGCAGCAGCAGCAGCAGCAGCAGCAGCAGUGACGGGAUGAGCAACAUCAUGGCUCUGCACGCAGCAGCAACAGCAGCAACAGCAGCUGCUGCAGCAGAGAGGGAAGAAGCAGCAAGCCUCGUGGGGGGCCCUGGCGAAGGGCAAAAAAGCAGGCCUAUACAUGCAGCAGCAGCAGCUGGCGCUGCUGCAGCAGCAGCUGCUGCUGCGAAGGCCCAGAGCAACUUUUGCUUUCUUGGGGCCCCAUACCGGCUCGGUCCACUGCCAAAGGGAGCGCAGCAGCAGCAGCAGCAGCAGCAGCAGCAGCAGCAGCAGCAGCAGCAGCAAGGGACUGCUCUUUGCGUGUUUCUGCGGGCUUCUCCUCUAGAUAUCUUAUGUGCUGCAACAAACGACUGCACGCUGCUGCUGCUGCUGUGCAUGCAAAUUGAGCGGUUUCUGCAGCAAGCAGCAGCUGCGCGCUGCGCUGCAGCAGCUCCCCAGCUGCUGCUCGGGCAGACGCGCGGCAGCAGCAACAGGCACAGCAGCAGCAGCAACAGCUACAGAAACAGCAGCAGCAGCAGCAGCAGCAGCAACAAAAUGGGCCAGCCUGUGAGCCCUCCGCCGCGCAGCGAAGAGGCUCAGAGCGACAAGGCGCUGUCGCACGGGUUUGCUGCACCUUUCAAGUCACAGCAGCAGCAGCAGCAGCAGUGGCAGCAGCUGGGCGAGCAGCAGCAGCAGCAGCAGCAGCAGCAGCAGCAGGAAGAGCAGCAACAAGGGAACAGGUGGCAAGGGCUGCUGUCUUCAGUUCGAGGAGGCCUCAGCAGCCUGCAGCUGCUUGCUGCUGCUGUUCCGGGGCGUCUGUACACCCCAACGUCCGCAGCAGGAGAGCAGCAGCAGCAGCACAGCAGCAGCAGCAGCGGGUGCAGCAGCCCCAUCAAAUCGGACUCGCUGGCAGCAACAGCAGCAGCAACUCCAGCAGCAGCAACAACCCCAACGGCAGCCGCUGCUGCUUCGUCGGGCUCGGAAUGCUCCUUGCCGUUUUUCUCCCUCAACAGCCGCUCGCCUUCUGCAGCAGCAGCAGCAGCAGCAGCAGCAGCAGACGCAGCAGCAGCAGCAGCAAGGCGCCUUGCCCGCAGAGAACAGAAAGUGCUGCAGCAGGAAGCAAAAGAGAUCCAGCAGGGCCUUGCUGUUGGUUGUGCUGCUGAGGCCAUUGCAUGCGCCCGCGUGCUGCGGCGGCUGCAGCAGCAAAUUACAGGAGAGCAGCAGCAGCAGCACAGCAGCAGCAGCAGCGGGUGCAGCAGCCCCAUCAAAUCGGACUCGCUGGCAGCAACAGCAGCAGCAACUCCAGCAGCAGCAACAACCCCAACGGCAGCCGCUGCUGCUUCGUCGGGCUCGGAAUGCUCCUUGCCGUUUUUCUCCCUCAACAGCCGCUCGCCUUCUGCAGCAGCAGCAGCAGCAGCAGCAGCAGCAGACGCAGCAGCAGCAGCAGCAAGGCGCCUUGCCCGCAGAGAACAGAAAGUGCUGCAGCAGGAAGCAAAAGAGAUCCAGCAGGGCCUUGCUGUUGGUUGUGCUGCUGAGGCCAUUGCAUGCGCCCGCGUGCUGCGGCGGCUGCAGCAGCAAAUUAGUGCUGCUGCUGCUAGGCCUUUUGAAGAGGAAGUCAACAGGCAGUAG